AUGAAGACCGCCACUUUCGCCGUCGCCCUUCUGGGCCUCUUUCCCACCAUCAUGGCUCAGGCUCCCUCGCCUACUGAGUCCGUUGGCUGUGAACCUCAUGGCGAUCACUGGCAUUGCGAGGCUGCUCGUACUGAUGCCGGCGCUGCUGCUACCACUAGUGCUGAGCAUGAUGAUCACGACCAUGAUCACGAUGAGGAGCACUCUCACUCUGCUGGUGCAAGCGACUCUAUCGCUCCCUCACCUACUGAAUCCGUAGGCUGCGAGCCUCACGGAGACCACUGGCACUGCGAGGGCGCUCGAUCUACUCUUUCUUCUGAGGUCAAGACCACCACAGAGGCUGAGCAUGAUCAUGACCACGACGACGCUUCUGGUUCCGAGACAUUAGCUCCCUCUCCCACCGAGUCUGUCGGCUGUGAGCCCCACGGCGACCACUGGCAUUGCGAGGGUGCUCGUACCGACGUUGCUGCUGCUACCACCGAUGCUGAUCACUCCCACUCUGCUGGCGCUACCGAGUCUCUGGCUCCCUCACCCACCGAGUCUGUUGGCUGUGAGCCUCAUGGUGACCACUGGCACUGCGAUGGUCCCGCGACUGCUGCAGCUAGCGGUUCUGCUACCACCACCAGCGGUUCUGCUACCACCACCAGCGGUUCAGCUGCAGUCACCGAUAAUGCUGCGGUUAUGCAGAUGGUUCCCUUCGUCGGAAUGGUGGCCGCUGCUGUUCUGGCCCUGUAA